AGAGGGAUAUCCGAUUUCUAUAAUCUCAUGUCAACGAGCCCAAGCCAAUCAUGAGAACGUGCAGACACCCGGUUAUAGGUACCGGUAUUUGUAACAUUCCAUCUACCACCUAUCGCUUUUACAUCACUCAUUCGCAACCGCCACCCAUCACUCGCACAAUCACAACUUUUGCUACCAAGACUUCAUAGGGCGGAGCCUCAUCCCACCAAAAGGUCAACAAAACAAGUAAGGGACUAUGUACCGAUCAAUCCGAUCCCAGGACACCCACGAGGUCUUUUAUCUUCUUCUAGUUUACAUCCUUCUUCACCACCAUUUCCUACUACAUUGUACCAUACUCAUACCAUACUCACACCAUUUUUACUACCCCCAUCAAUUACAGCUUGCUACCCGAGAUACCAUUCACAGAACCGGCCUUCUGCGCCUCACACUCGUUACUAGCAUUUCUUUUGUCUGUUCAUUUACCACCUAAUACAUCAUGAAACCCGCGCUGUACCUUCUCGCCGCUGCGGCAGGAUGUUUUGCAGUUCCUCUCGACAGAAGAGCACAGUCGCUCGCAAUCAAGACUGUUACCGCCAAGACAAAACUUCCGCCGCAUACGAAACCCAGCAUCCAAUCCCAGAAGUUAACACUGUCAGUGAUUGUCGUUGCAACUGCGACGACAACAGCACAGGUUCAACCGACCCAGACCGCGGAACAUGAGGCAUCCAUUCCAACCGCCACGAUAAUCCACCAAGCCGGAGCUGGCGCCACAAUAUCCAUCGAUCCGCUCUCCGCCUCGCACCCAUCAUCCACAGCGCCCCCCACACCCACGCAGCCCUCCGCCACCCCGACCACGAGCACGGGAAUCUCGCGCCCAGCGAUGCUAGCCAUCUCGCUCACUUUGCUCUUUGUAUUCGUGAUCGCCGCCGCAGGCGGGAUAGUCUACUGGUCGCACCGGCAGACGGCGAAAGCAUACCGCAAGUACCGGCGGGCGCACCACGGACAGCUGCUGCGCGUCAACCUCGAGGGCGUGGUGGAGUGGAUCACGCCGCCGACACGGACCCGCGCCGACCUCGGAUUGUUUCACGUCAACACUUGUGCCGUUGGCUACGGGAAGAUGCCGCCGGUUCUCACGGCGAGGCUCCCGGGUGAAGGCAGCCAGGAGGGGAGCCAGGAGAUGAGCCCGAGAUCGAGGAGGACGGCAAAGGCAAAGGAUGAGAAGGCGGAGUCGGAGAAGGCACAGGCCGGCAGCGACACGACGGCGCCGAAGGAGGAUAGUGGAUAUGUCGAGGGAGCACUGGACGCUUCUGGCGAGAUGGGCGAGAUGGGAGAGCGUGGUCUCGAGCCUGGCGAGAGGGUGUACAGGAUCGAGCGUGGUGAGAGGGUGCACAUGAUCGACCGUGGUGAACGGAAGCAGGUCGGUCCUACGCCCACGGAUGAGGACUCUGAGGACUCCGAGGAGGACCUCUCCGAUACUGUUAGUUACCGCAGUAUCGACGGCCACACGGCUGGCUGGCUGCGCGACUAUGGAUAUAUGGGUCCUGCAGGUAGGUAGUUGAUCCUGCCUGGGUGGUGGUUGAUCCUGCCUGGGUGGUUGAUCCUGCUACCGUCUACAGAUCUCGCACAAGUCCUUUCCUUGUAGGUAGUGUAGGCAGCAAUUCCGAAUCCAAUUCCG